CGCGGCCGCCCGGGGGUUGGUGCUGCUCUGUGACGGCGCGGGGGGCAGCCUGCGGGACUGUGCGGGAGGAGUUGGGUGGUCCGGUGUCGGUGCUCAUUUAUCUCGCACUAGUUUGGUUCAACCGCGGAGAUAUAACCCAAUCAAAAAAUGUCUGAAAGAAAAGCUGUCAUUAAGAACGCUGACAUGCCUGAAGACAUGCAGCAGGAAGCUGUGGAGUGUGCUACUCAGGCACUAGAGAAGUACAACAUUGAGAAAGACAUAGCAGCUUACAUCAAGAAGGAAUUUGACAAAAAGUACAACCCCACAUGGCAUUGUAUUGUGGGCAGAAACUUCGGCAGCUAUGUGACUCAUGAAACUAAACACUUCAUCUAUUUCUACCUGGGCCAGGUAGCCAUCCUCCUUUUUAAGUCUGGUUGAAGAUGCUGAACUAAGGGCUUCCAAAUGAAGUUGAUCCAAGUAAAAGACUACUUUAACUAAAGAAAACAGUACCUUCUGUAUUGACUAAUCUACAAAGGGAAACAUAAGGAAGAAUCUACCCUAUCUAAUUUCCAGCAUGGUGGAUCUAAAUUUUCAAGCUGCCUUUUUUCCCCAAGUCCUCCUCCAACUAGACACUGAUGUUUUCUGGUGACUUGUAUUUAUUUUCUUGUCUUUUUUUCCAACAUUUCCAGUUCAAUAAACAAAUUUUGAUAUCA